AUGAGUUUGUAUGAACCAGACCCCAGCUCCCUCAGAGAUAACCAAGAUGGACUUUUUGUAUUUUUGACCUUUGAAGAUGGAUACACAGCAAAGAUUUUUAAUCUCUGUGAUAUACUAAACAAAGAUGAUAAACCCAUCGCUUGCUUUAGAGAUCUGACACCAGGAGAAGAAGUACUUGCAAGAUGGUCUGACAAUAAGUUCUACAAAGCUACAGUAGACUUCACAGCUGACAAAACGGUGGAUACCAAGAAGGCGACAAAGAAGGACAUGAAAAAAAGAGAUGCAGCUGCACAAAGAUUCUACAACCUUCCAUUCCUACCUCAAGCAGGCCAGUCCACCUCUGCACAGGAUCACCUAAAUACUGUGGAAAAAUUAGUGGAGGAAAAGGCCAAACUGCAUGAUGUGCUGUGUGGUAUAAGUGGUGAGCACCUCGAGGCAUUCAGAAGUUUUCUGGACAAAGUGGAACAGAUCCAACCUCAGGCUGGUGUUUGGGCUCCAAAAGGCAGAUCUCGGCAGCAGGAGCUAUAUCCAGGAAGUGGCCUCUUCUUGUCCUCGACUCACCUGGCUGCAAUCCAUGCAACCGCAAAGAAGGACUGCCUUCGCUUGUUCCAUCUUCUUUUUGAUGAAUUCUUUACUGCAGAGGAGUGCCAGAAUGCUGUGGCAUUUGGGAAACACGGAAAGGUGCCAGAUGGGAAGAGAGUCCUGGAUAAGUUCAAAGUCAAUGCAAUUCUAAGUAAGUAUGUUGCUCAUGUGGUUGUUAACAAUUUGUGGAAAAAGUUAUGAAAAUUCAUUGGUAAAAAAUGUGUGGGAACCCAAUAAGAGGUGUUGGACCCAUAUAUCAAAUAACUACGUUAAAUGUUAUGAUUGUUUCACUGUCCUCACAGUUUUGCUGCAUUUCCUUAUGUGUGAUCAAUAGAGAUAUUACAAUGUGAAUUUUGUCGUAUCAGGAUGAAAA